CUUAUUCUCGUGCCCCAAAACAAACCCUCUCUUCCCCAUGCGCCUCUCCUCUCUUCCCCGUGCCCCAAAAUACCGCCUCUUACCCUCGCAACGCACGUCGCCCCUCUCCUCUCACGGACCGCCAUUCGCCACCACCAUCGUUUGCCACCACAGCACCGCCGUUCUCCCAAUGCCACCGCCUCUUACCGUCGCGAUGCACGCCGCGGCCAUUCGCCUCCUCUCACCGACCGUCGUUCACCACCACCACCGUUCGCAGCCUCUCAGGACCGCCGUUCGCCUCCUUUCAUGACCUCCAUUUAUCUCCGUUCGUCACCGACCUCUGUGAUCUAUUCGGACUUUCCAUCUGCCGGCCAUCGUCAUUUUUUCGAGGUCUUGUCUUCUUCCAUCGGCACUUCCGUCUUCCCUUAGUCGAAACAAAGCCUUCAUCUUCUUCCUCCAUCACCGUCGCCGUCGCCGGUCUUACCAUCUUCGCUCAUUGCCGUCGCGAUCGCCGGUCUUCCCAUCUUCGCUCGUCAUCGUCGUCGUCGUCGCCACUGUCAUUCCUGAUCAUUUCCCUCAGGUGAAGAACUAUCUAAAAAGCAAGCUGCUCAAGAAGCAACUAUCAGGAAACUCAGACCGCAGAUCAGAGAAUUUGAGGAAGAAAAGCAAAGGCUCAACUCAAAGCUUCAGGUAUUUUCAUGGCACUGGGAUUGUCUAAGAAAAAAAGAAAAGUACUAGUAGCCAUCGAUCCAGAUCCACCAUAUUCCACUCAGCAGCCAGCGAUUCAGAGAAUGGUUUUGCCAUCACAGUUACGGUCAAGGUACCAGCAGUUUUUUCAGAGCUAUGACACCGUGACUGCACCACCUUCCUCCCAGUCGCCACCAACUCAUAUUCCACUAGCUUUUUUGGAUUCGGGACCAUCAGAAGUCAUACCUUCUGCUCCAUCUUUGACUGAUGUUGCACCUCCUUUAUCUAGGUACCAGCAGCUUCUUCAGAGUCAUGGUAUUGUGGCUCCAUCACUUUUCUCUCAGUCACCAUCAGCCCACGUGCCAUCAGCUUCUCUAGAUCCAACAUCAGCAGAAGUCACACCUCAUGCACCACCACCUUCCUCUCAAUCGCGACGAGUCCAUACACCACCCACCGAGCCAGAGCAUACUGAGCACACACAUCCUACCAUAGAUUUGAUUCCUGAUGUUAGCUCUAUAGGGUCUACGAGCAUAGGUGGAUGAAAGAAAAGAGAUUGUACUAAAGGGGUUGAGUUAAGUAAGAUAAACAAUGCCCUUGAUAAGAAAAUGAAGAUCAAUAUUUCAACGAAAGAAGGGCGACCCCUAAUGUUGUUCAAUCUGCCAAGCUAUCAAUAAGCUUGGUAUGAUAGCUCGAAAUAUCUUACCAGUCAAGCUUAGAUGGAUCAAAUUAACAGAGGUGGAGAUGCAGAUUGUAUUUGACAAACUAGAGCAAAAACUAAAUGUCAAGGGUUUAAGGACGGAUAAGGAAGUUUGUGCUAGCGUCAAGAAGCUUCUUUCAUUGAAGUCAAAGGAUCAAAGAUAUCGACUACAUAUGCAUUACCUUAACCAUGAAAAGGACUCAAAGCCAAGUAUUAUGAGCACGGCAGAGUGGAUGGAUCUUUGUACUUACUGGAGUAAAAAAAAGACAUAGAAUGGGGCAAAGGAAGAAUGCAUAUUCAACAAGCUUGCCUUCCAACAGCUCUGUCUUUGCUAGAAACUUGCGCAAGAACGAUUUGGGAGGAGUCAUCUUUGGGUGCAAACACAACACAAUAGCAGAGUGCCUCUCAAAGCAGUUAUUUGGCUUACCAUUCUCACACUUCAGCUAUGUAAGAAAUAUUGAGGAAGGUCUUCCUCUAUUUUUGUUUAAUUAUAGCGAUCGGAAGCUGCAUGGCAUCUUUGAGGCUGCAAGUCGUGGGCAAUUAAAUGCCAACUCAUAUGCUUGGACCGAUGGUGGUGCAGAAAGGACGCCCUUUCCUGCACAGGUUGCAAUCCAUGUCAAAAUGCGCUACCAACCACUUACUGAGGAUCGGUUCAAAAAAAUCCUUGUAGACAAUUAUUAUACAAACCAACACUUCUGGUUUGAGCUGGAUCAUGCACAGGCAAGAGCAUUGAUUGCAUUGUUCAAGUCUUCAUCUUAUCCGAUCAGUACCAAGCUCACUCCUUCUAUGUCAAACAAGACCAGGCUUUUGAUACCAUCACCAGCCACCACGGGGAAUACAAGUGGAAAUAUGGAACGCACAUAUGCUAAGGUCUGUGAGUUGAAAAAGGAUUUAGAAUCAGAUGUUGAGAUGGUGGUUGAGAAGUUCGCAUCACUUGGUUGGGAUGAUGAAGAUCUUGAACCAGGUAGCUCGAGUAAGACAUCAUCUAAUGCUCCGGACGAUAUGGAAAAUAAAGAGCCAGAGCUGUUCUCUGUUUGGGAUGAAUGGACAGAGAAAAAUGAGGUGGCAAAUGAUUCAAGUGCUAGCAUAUAUUUGGACAAAGAGAACCAAAUGUUGCAGGGACAACAGUCUAGUAAUGAGAAACUAGCACCUGAUAUGGAAAUGGUGUUAUUUAAGCUAAAGGAGUUGUCUGCUGAGCGCCAGCAUAUAAAUUCAUUUGCCAAUGAAUGCAAUGCAGAUAGGGUGAUACCAUAUGGCCCUGUUCCUAUAGAAGUGCAUGAGAAUAAUGAACAGAUUGCAGAGGAUUGCCCAAUUUUGGAUGAGAAUGAAGAUACUGCAGCUACAACCAACCUUGUCCAAGGAAAUGUGGAGGUGGUUAAGCUUUUGAUGCUGGUUAUCAAAGAGUUGCAAGAAAGGACAGCAAAUUUGGAGAAGAAGCAGGUUGAAUCAGAUAGAGAAAUCCACCAGUUAGGGGAUCUAGUUAAGGAGUCAGGAAGAAAACUUCAAAGACUGAAGGACCAUGUAAAGGAGCUAGAAGCUAAGAUUGAUCCUUCUACCAUUGUUGAUGACUCUCUAAACAACUUUGUUGAGCAAUGCUUGGGCUCGGAGGAUGUAAUAUAUCUAAUUGGGGGUUUUAAUGGAUUAUCCUGGUUAUCUGCAUUAGAUUCUUUUUCACCAUCACUGGACCUAUUAACACCCCUUGAACCAUUAAAUUCUGCUCGUUCAUAUGCUUCGGCUGUUGCAUUAGAUGGCAGCAUAUAUGUUUUCGGUGGUGGCGAUGGUCAUUUGUGGUAUAACACAGUGGAGUGCUACAACCCAAGGCUCAAUGCGUGGAGCUUAUGCCCCAAUUUGACUCGUGAGAAAGGAAGUCUAGGUGGAGCUACUUUAAAUGCCAAAAUUUAUGCUAUUGGUGGAGGAGAUGGAACUGAGAUUUUCUCUGAUGUUGAGAUGUUUGAUCCAGCUCUUGGAAAGUGGAUCAAUGACCAAUCAAUGCUUCAAAAGCGGUUUGCUCCUGCUGCAGCAGAACUUAAUGGUGUGCUUUAUGCUGUUGGUGGAUAUGAUGGAAAAGAUUACUUGAAGUCAGCUGAAAGAUUUGACCCCCGUGAAGCCUUUUGGACAAAGAUCGCUAGCAUGAGCACAAGGAGAGGCUGCCACUCAGUGGCGGUGUUCAAUGAGAAACUAUAUGCAAUAGGGGGAUUUGAUGGCGAAGAGAUGGUCUCCAGUGUAGAAACCUAUGACCCUCGUAUGCCCUCCUGGAUAAUGGCUGAGCCAAUGAAUUCCAGCAGAGGGUAUGCUGCUACAGCUGUGCUCGAUGGUUCCUUGUUUGUGAUUGGCGGGAUUAAAGGCCAAGAUAAUAUCUUGGAUACCAUUGAAUGUUACAAAGAGCAAGGUGGCUGGAGUAAUUCUGGUCUGAGGGCCAUUGGAAGGAGGUGCUUCUGCUCGGCCAUUGUUCUUUGAGUGUGGUCAUUAAUGCAGCUGUUGUUUGUCACUGUAUUCAUGAGCUUGCUUGAUUUAAAUAUAAUGCAGCUGUUGUUUUUCACUGUAUUCAUCACUUUGCUUAAGUUAGAUAUCAAGACAUGUUUUAGAAGUGGUCACUCAGCAUAUGCACUGAAAGCCUGUAAUUCUUAGCCAUUUAUUUUGGACGCAGUAGUGCUUGUCGUUUUGUAUCUUUCCUCAGAAUCAUGUAAUUAACAUAGCUAUGCAAAUCAGUAGUAUUUCUCAAGAAUCAUGGCAAAUUCAGGAAAA